GUGAAAUAAAGGGAACGCAUAAAAUUGGCGGCACCAACGCUUCAACUCCGAUUCUCUCCGGCAAAUUUGGCAGCAUGGAUUCUAAGAAGAAGUAUGUUGAUAGAUGGUCGAGGCUUAUCUGGAACAACGAUCUUUUGACGGAAAUAUUCGUCCUCUUACCACCAAAAUCUGUUACCCGAUGCAAGUUGGUAUGCAAACAGUGGCUCUCACUUAUCUCCUCUCAUGAAUUCUGCCAUCUCCACACCCUGCGCUGCCCAAACCUGCGCCCGUCUUUUAUCCUGGACCCUGACGUGAUCAACGAUAAGUACUUUAUCAUUGAUCCCGUAAUGAAUGGAGAAAAGCUAAUACCUUACACCUUCUGUGUUCCAGAACACAUAAUACUAAAGGUCAUGAAAAUUUCUUGUAAUGGCCUGAUGCUGAUACCAUCUUUUAGAGACUAUCCAAUAGAGAGUUUCCUUGUUUACAAUCCGACCACUAGGCUGUCAAGAAAUGUGAGUGCGACCAAUGCUAAUAGUGUUGUGGCAUUUGCCUUAGCUUUUGAUCCUUCAAAGUCGCCCCAUUACAAGCUUGUAUUCAUUACGGCAACCACACUCUUUUGCACCAAUCCUCAUGAUCAGAUACAUACUUACCAGAUCGAGGUUUAUGAAUCAGAGAUUCACGCCUGGAAGCUCAGGUUGGGACCAUUUACGUUCCCUAAGCAGCUUUCCCAGUGUGGCGAGUGCUGGGGUGCGGGUGUGUAUUGUAAUGGCUCGAUAUACUGGGAGAUGUGUGAUAACAUCGUCUACUAUGAUAUUGCUCAGAAUGAAUUCAAAACUUUCUCUAUGCCUCAUUAUCAAUCUUACAAGGCAGGAGAAUUCAUCAGUGGGAGCAUUUCCUGUCUCCAAGAGGCAAAUGGUCGUCUAUACAAAUCUAGAUAUCUCAGAAGGGACGACAGUAUUCUAUCAAUUGAGGUGUUUGAGUUGGAGAUGAAUGAUGAUCGUUCUUCUUCAUGGCUAUUGAGGUACGAGGGAACAAUUUCUCAUCAUGAACCUAGCUUAGCUUUUCAAUUGAGAUUCAUAAAGGGAUCAUACGACACUGAGAUGUGCAGUGCAGUGUUCAAUAUUUACGGAAAGAUCAUAGCCUACAGUUUCCUCGACAGCAGCUAUAAGCUGCUUGUUGAUAUGAAUCGCCAUCCAAUUCCCAUUAGUUUUGGUCGUCAUGGUUCUAGUAAAAUGUAUGAAUUUGUUGAAUGCUUAGCUGUGGUUUGA